AAGAAUGUCAGCUGCGAUAGCCUGUCGCCGUUUUUCGGGCACACAUUCCUACGAUCGAAUAGCUGCUUUGUUGACAGAAAUCCAUUCGACUUUCGAUUUGGAUUCGGAAAAAGUACUGGCAGUGGUGACGGAUAAUGGAUCAAAUUUCAUUAAAGCCUUUAAGGUGUUCGGCGUGAAUAUGCCCGACGAUUUUUUUUAUGCGGGACUCACACGUGGAAAUGCGGGUGGCAGUACGAAUGAAGAUGAAAAUUCGGCAUCUGAUUUGGAUUACGAAACGAUUGCGGAAGAUACAGCAACAUACGAAAAUAUACCUGAUGACGAUCACCAGAAUUUCGAGUUGCCCAACCAUUUUCGCUGUGCUAGUCACACACUUAAUUUGAUAGCAACGCAAGAUGCAGUGAAAGGCAUCAAAUGUAGCGAACCGUUAUCUGCAUCUCACAGUGAAGUGAUGGAUAGAUGUACAGAGCUGUGGCGACUCACGCGUUCCCCAAAGAAGUACGAGAUUCUGAAAGAAGCACUGGAAGUCGCAUUACUGAGGCCUGUCGUUGUACGAUGGAAUUCUUUAUACGAUUCUUUUGUACAAUUAAUUUCGCUUAAAGAUAAACUUCUAGCUGUUAGCGUGAUCAUAGGUAUAUGCUAUCCAUUGAGAGAAAACGACUUCAAAUAUAUAGAAAACUAUGUAAAAUGUCUUCGCCCAAUAGCAGAAGCUUUAGACAAAUUACAGGGCGAAGAAUUUGGCUACUAUGGAUAUGUUUUGCCAACUCUUAUUACUACGACGAGAAAAUUAAAGAUGUUAACGGAAAAACCCUCAAUGUACUCAUAUCUGCCUCUCAUACAGGCUCUAAUCACCGGUUUGGAGACUAGAUUUUCGAACUUUUUUCAAAUCGAAAAAGAAGGCGAGUACGCUGCUAUAGCUGCCAUAAGUCACCUACUGUUCAAGGCUCGUUGGUUAGGUUUUUUUCCUAACAAUAUUCAAGAAAAGGUGCGUACCGUUGUGAUUAACGCGGCUCAACAUGAGCUUGGAGCUGACGUUCUUUCGCCUCAUCCGGAAGUUGAGGAAGAUUCCGACUUUUUCGAUUUUGGACCAACGAGUGUUACGUUCGGGAGAUCAAGCAUGGUAUUUCGUAACGAAGAUCCAGAAGUCCAAAUUAUUCAGUUUACUAAGGAGCAUUCUACAGAUUUGAUAUUAUUGGAUAGCUAUCCAUUGGUCAAGAAACUGUUUAUCCGUUACAACACUCCGCUGCCUUCGUCGGAUCCAGUCGAACGUUUAUUUAGUUUUGCAACAAUGAUGGAUCUGCCUAAAUAUAAUCGACUCUCUGAUAUUAAUUUCGAACGUCGAGUACUGUCGGUGGCAAAUGCAAAAUUAUUCUAGCCAUGUUGAGAAAACGAUCUUCGAUUAUCUUGCCUGUUGUGUCCGCGAAGACCGUCGCGA